ACAGUACAGCUACAAAGGAAAAUGCUAUUCAUUCGGCGUUCUUACCGUUCUCCUACAAGUUUGUGUCCGGUCCUACAACAUGGGGCAAUGCUUCCAACUAUUGCAGGAAGUCAAACGGCAGUUUGGUAUCAUUGGAUACACAUGAUAAGUUGUCUGAUGUGAAUAACGCAAAACUGAAGCUGUUUAAUGAAACACACAGUCCCGGCUUUUGGAUUGGACUUCACAGAACUCCUAAAUGGACCUGGAGCAAAAGUAAUGAGGUCCUGAAAUAUUUUGAUUGGUAUCCUGGACAACCAAACAUUACCGGCAAUACCCACAAGAUAGCACUGAGUUACAGAUUCUCACCGAAUAAACCACCGUCAUAUCAUUGGAGAGCUCUUUCCGGAAAUGAGACAAUUAUUGAGCAUAAUAAAAUUCGGACUAACAGCAAAUAUAUUUGCCAGACAAAGACAAAUAACCAGAAGUGUACAUUUAGAUCAUGCACGUCUGGCAAUGGGAAUGUGUGCAUGCUUCAUAAUAGAAGCUGUUACUACUUCAGUGGAAAUAGUUUAGAUGAUUUAAAUCAACAUGUCACGUGGAUGCAGGCAGAAGAAAAGUGUAACAAGCAAGCUUUAGUACAGCAAGUGGCCGGCGAUAAAUAUUUAGCAAUGAUCGAAGACGAAAAAACAGAACAAGCAAUUAUGGAACAUUUACUAAAACAUCCCAACUUCAACGGGAAUUACUGGCUAGGUGCCUCACUGAACGGCACACAGUGGGUUUGGCCUUCAGGUUUUCAAUUAGCACAACAAGAAAACAUUUCCAUCAAACAUACGAAUGAUGAGUGUGGAAUCAGCAAUCUGGCAAGUAUAGCAUCUGAAAAAUGUGUCGAGCACCAUCCGUUUAUUUGUGAAUAUGUCAGUAACACAAAACAAACGCGGCCUGCUCGGACCCCGAUGUGGACAACAAAAUCUGGAAAUGUAACAAGCUCUCCAACAGGUCCCACAUCUACUAAAUCUACUGUGUUACGAGGCGGAGACAAGAAAAAAUCUACGCAAAUCGAUACGGAGGUACUGAUGUACACCGGUGUAGCUGUCGCGUGUGUCAUGAUCCUUUUGGUGGUGAUGGUCUGUUUUAUCAGAAAACGUAUGAAGCAAUCGGAAUCGGUCCCUUCACCUGAAAACUGUGACGGAGAGGAACUUCCGGUGACAUCAGACUGGAUCGUAGAAACUCAGCGACAAUUCAAAAAUGGCGUCGACCAACCGUAUUACUCCCCUGGGACACCGCAACAACGUUCCCCUUAUGACGACUGUGACAUGUCGGGUAUACAUGGUUCAACCACAAAGUUCAAUCCUAUGUACGACUGUGAUGUGGAACCUGCUGAAUAUGACCACCAGAGCUGUGAAUAUUAUCCAGUGAAUAACCCUUUUCCGGAUUAUGACGAGGUUUCCAUAGAAAUGGUAAAAUUUCAUCAAAAACCGUUUAAUAAGCGUGCGAUGUUAUAUAGUACUGACGCGUGGAGUGACAGGACACCGUCAGUUGACUACAGCUGAUAGUGAAAAUAAUUUCGCUUGUUAGAAAAUAGAUUUAACGUAUGUUAUGUACUAUAGUUUGUUGAUUAUCAUAUGGUACUGACGUGUGGAGUGAUAGAACUUCUCCCGUUGAUUACAGCUGAAAGUUAAAAUUCAUAAUAGACACUUAAAUAAUUACGCGAGUGAUGUAAUGUAUUUUAAGCAACAACUGUGACUUUAUUUACCUGUAUAUAUACUUUUAGGAGGCGUUAACUAGAAUGGUCAGAACAAGAUAUAUGAGAAACAUCUAAAAAGUUACAAAUAUUUUUGUGUUUUCGAUUUUAGGUUAUUCAGUUUUAUAUACACUGGUUUCUCAGAUGUUAAUUUCGACAUUUUGUUUACAGGAGGAAGAUUUUUUAUGUUUAGUUACUGUUAAGCUUAUUAGACUUUUGACACAUCGGCCCAGAUUGUGCAAACUAUUAAACUAAAGAUAAAUGUGACACAAAUUCACAUUCAUAAUAUACAUGUAUACAAUACCAAACUACGUAACUAAUGCCGGGAUUUUGUUUUCUUACUUUUUAACUUAAUGUAUAUUUCUUAGCAUAAUAUAACUGAAUA